AUGAAUAUCGAGCCUCGAAAGAUUCCCGACACCGGAGGCGGCCCUUUCCCUUUUAAGCCAUUUUCGUUUAACGACCACUACGCUCUUUCGUCAGCUUCUAACUUUCAGCUCGCCGUCAGCACGUGGAAAUCAAUCAGACUUCCCACUCACCUCGUAGCAUCAAGCUCUGAUAUUAACAGGCAUGCACCAGGUGCUUGGAAUGCCACAAGCGCGUUUCGACUAGAAUGCUCAUACCCCGUACGAGACCGAAAGACGAAAGUCGGGCAAAGAUACCUAGAAAGUCUGCUUGAAGAAAACAAGCGACUCAGCGCUCUCGUGUCCUCGAUUGAAUCGCCGGGAGCGACACCAUCACAAAAAAUCGCAGAGGCAGCAGCGCCACGAGCUGACAAUGCUGAUCGGAAUCCUGUGCUGGACGAGAGGCCGUGGUUUAUGGGCAUCAAUGCCGUAGAUUUGCCUAUUCACAUUGGCGAAGCAGCAGAUGCUGCCUUUGCAACGAGACUUCGACAAGCGGCUUCGAGAAAGCAGGUCAGCCACUUUCCGCGAGUGCAUUACUUAGCCGACGAAGCACUGCGAGCACUCUCCGAGAACCCUCCCGCCUGGCCAAGUCCUGCGAGGAUCCAAUUCCUCAUCGAUGUCGCGCUGAAGACGAUUUCCAAAACAUGGCAUAUCGUUCGGAAGAGCACGAUUUUGCAAGAUGUGCAGAAGUUGUUGACAGAUCCGCAGCAAUGCAACUGGCUCACGAAAUGUCGGAUCUGGGUGUUGAUGGCGAUUGGUGAAGGGUACUCGUCACGGUGUACCCUUCCCGACCAGCCAUUUCCAGGUGCACAGUACUGGGCGCGAGCAAUGCAGCUGACACACAUGCCAGCCGAGCGCCCAAGACUGGAUCUGGUCGAAGUCUAUCUUCUGCUGUCCUUUUAUGCUGCCUCCAUGAACCGACGCCAUACGAGUAUUCUACUCGCUAGUCAUGCUCUCCGAAUCAGUGUGAUAUUGGGCUUGCAUAUCGAGAUUGGCGAAUCUCAGCUCCGCGAUCCAGCGAUACGAGAACACAGAUGCCGUUUGUGGUGGACGGCUUAUCGGUUUGAUCGAUUAUGGGCAAGUAAGAUCGGCUGGCCGCCAUCGAGCCCGGAUGACAGUAUUGAGAUUGGAUUGCCGUCUGAUGAAAGUCUACCUCCCUCGGCGAGAGGUGAUUUUGAAGAUGCGCAGUACAUGAUUAUGUCGAUCAAGAUGGCCCGAAUGCUUAAUCACGCAGUAACGACGCUGUAUGUCCGAAAGAGACAGCCGACAUCGUUCUCGGAGCGAGUGCAGGUGGCCGUCAGAGCAUUGCGAGACUGGGCUGAUGAUCUUCCCGAGCACCUGAGGUUGAAUACAGAUGAGCUUCCUGUGACUGUCGAGCCACAUGUGCUGUACUUGCACCUUGCCUUCAAUCAGGUGAGUAUUCUUCCCAACCGCACAAUUGGGACUCUCACGGUGUCGAACUUGAUUGCUGAGGCAACUUUUAACGGUUCUCAGGCGGUAAUCGUGGUGACAAGACCAAUAUUGCUGCAUCUGUUCCGUAAACGCCACCCACAAUCGGCGACAGAUUCACAUUCCCUGCAGCCUUUCUCCGAUUCGGCAUUGUCGUUGACAACGGCUUGCAUUCGAUGUGCUCGACAGUCGAUCGUACUCCUCAAACGAUCCUGGACUGAUGGAAGCUUUCCCACUUUCGAUUACUUCCAUAUGCAGUUUCUCUUCUCUUCAGCUACCAUCCUGGCCUUAUCUGCCCUCCUCCAAAGUCCUGGUUGGACAAAUGAUCGGGAAGACUUCUUGCUGGGCUGUUCCUUCUUGCAGCAACUUGAGCGGAAUGGCAACUUCGGGGCCAAGGAGUUCUCUAUGCACAUGGACGCUUUGAAAACGACGCUUCAAGAACACCUCGAUGAUGGCAUGGACGUUCCUCCGGCACCCGCGAUGUUUGAUACUAUACCUCCGCCACAACCGCUAUUGCCAAAUCCUCCAUUACAAGAUUUUCUCAACCAUCCAGAAAUCGAUCUCGACUUCAUGGACACGGGCGGACAGUGGGUAGAAUGGCAAGACAUUUUCUGGCCCGAAGAAAUUGAUUCGUAUCCCGGAUAG